AGUCCAGUUAGACUCGCGUUGCGUAUUGAACGUGUCAAUAUGGCCGUUGCCGCCAAAAUGUUCGUGAAUAAAAACAUUCUGUGUUGUUACUUUUUAACUUGCCUGUUUUGUUAACUUAUUCAUUUAAAUUUUAAAUGAUAAAGUGUAAAUAAAAAUUGUGUUACUGUUAAUUAUUUUGUGUAAUAAUUCUUAGUUUUCCUUUAUCGAAGUUAGUUUGCAAAUUGUUUGUCGGUUCAUGUAAAAGUUUAUUGCCCACAAAAGUCGGCAUUUGUGGUGGGAAAAUUGUUUAGUGCAAAAAGAGUGCUUAUUUUUGGUUUUAGGGCUUGUUGGAUCCUAAUUGGACUGAUCUUAUGUUUCUGCGGCUUACAAAUGCUAGGCUGAAUAUUCGAUAAAGAUUGCCAAAUAUCGAGACGAAACUGGAUUCAUUCUAUAAUUAUCGUCAUGGAUUCUGAAAGUCGGAGCGAGUCGGCUCUAAACAGCCCGACGGAGCCGGACGUAUCGCUUGCUGCCUCUCUUACUGACCCUUUGGAAGCUCAUACCUUAGAAGAGGCUCGCAGAACCAUAAGGGAUUUACGUAUGAAGUAUCGUGCCCAAGCGCAUCAACUUAUGACAUGGCGUCGUGCGCACCGGACCCAGGAAGAGCUUUUGACCCGUUUGCAGCAUGAAAAAGCCGAACAGUUGAAAACAUUAUCGAGUCAACUGUUGCUCUUCGAGUCAAGAUUAGUUCGAAAACAGAAAGAAAUUACUAACAUGCUAGCUUUAAGAGAAACAAUAAUAAUUAAACAGCAGAAAGUUAUAGAAACUUUGCAAUCAAAGCUACAUGAAAAUGGUAUCGAACUAGCUCAACAGAUCCCUGACUUUAGAGAUAUGCUUCAAGAUACACAUAUCACUGGCGAUUUUGAUUCUCUAAACGACUCAGACUCUGCUGUUAUCAUGGAAGAUGUUGAUUCUGAUUGCAGCAAUCUCCCACUUGUGCCGAGAUUCAGAUCAACAAAUCCUGAUAGUGUCACUGUAGUGCGUUCCAUUUCCGAUGCUAUAGAUCCAAAUGUAAAGUAUAGUGUUGUUAGGCGAUCGAAUGGUUUUUUGCGAAGACCGGAGAUUCUAGAGACCGUGUAUAGCGUGGAAGAAGAAGCUGAUGGGGAUUCUACAAAAGGCUUAAGCGCUCAGAAUAGCACCGAAAAAGAAUUAAAGGACAUGAACAAAACAGAUGAACAGAAGUAUAAUGAGACCAGUCUACUUGCUCAAAGACGAGAUAAUUUUCGAAUGCGAAGUAUGGUACUAACCGCUGAAGUUAAAAGUAUAGAUUCAGAUAAAGAAAUAUCUAAGCCCAAAGCAAAAGAAGUCUGGUCGUAUAGUUAUGUGCCAAAAAGAAUGAUGCCAGCAAAUGACUCUGAUGAGGAAGUAACAUCGAAUGCUGAUAGCGAUGAAGGUGAUCCAGAGCCCAAAUCGACUCAUGUCGUUACCUACAAUAGAGUUAUGUCCAAUCACAGAAAUGUUACAAAACCAAAAGAUGUUAAAUACAAAAGAAUUAACAAAGCGAAAUCGAAAAGCUUGGAAGAAUUGAGAGGAAGGCUAAAAAAUUGGGUGGAAAAAGGAAACAAAUUGUCAGGAAUUCCUUUAGAGCACGCUCAGAGCUAUGCUUGAAUAUUGUUAAAGUUCCUUUUAAAUGUUUUUGUGUGCAGUGUUAGUGAACUAUUUGAGCUAAAACGAUCUCGAAGUACUUUAUCGACUUAAAUCUUGUACGGCUAAAUGGUUAUAUAUCAAAAAGAAAUGUUCCAAAAUUUUAAAUAUAGUCUUAAUAUUUAAAAAAAAUCAAGUCUAAAACAGUCAGUAAUUUCUACAUUGUAAGUGCUGUUCAAUUUACGGAAGUAGAUAGCCUAAUAACUAAGCUUUAUGGAUAGAAUCAAAUGAUUCGAAAUAUUCUUGAUACCACAACUUUUGUAAAUAUCUUUCUAUAAAAUAUAUUUACAUUGUGAAACAGCUUCUAAAAUCGACUAUACUUUUCCACAAAUAUAAAGAUUAAGGCUGUGCAUAUAGAUAUUUCUGCUACAAAUUUUACGAAUAAAUUUAAUGGUAAUAUUACCUAACCUACAUAGGCUUCAUCAAACAAUUCAGAUACUGUAUAUUAUAUUAGUUGUUUUGAUUGAUUUGUAUUAAGUGAUGUUGUGUAUCAUCUGAUACAAAUUAUUUCCUUCCAAUCGAUUUGCCAAUAGUUUUUGUCUUCUGUAUUCAUGUAAUUAUUAUUUAUAUGUAUAGAAUUUGUAUUAUUUUGAGUAUUUAAUUUUUUUUUGUAAUAGAAACGUUACGUACAUACGCACUGUGAUGUUUUCGAAUCUGCAGUCAUUUUCAUUAAUAAUAAAAAUUUAGAUAGUAAUACUUACCUAGAAAUAAAUCUGUCUUGGAAAAAAUAUAUUGAUGGUACACAAAAUUAUAAGAGCUUUGUCACACAAAGAAACGUUAUCCACAAAUGUUAAUACCUGUGUUUUUAUUUUAUGCUAUACCAGUCUUUCUGUAAUAAUACUAUAAUAUGUAAUACAGCUUAUAUAAAAAUACAAUAGAGUUUCAACGUGUACAUGUGUUGGUGCCAAUUAAUAGAUAAUAAGUCUUUGUUUGUUCACAUUUCGUCAUUUAAAAAUAAUCCUUUGCCAAAUAACUUAGAUUGGAUUAUAUAACUCGCAUUUGCCAACAAGUUCUACAUUGAAUAUACAUAUCAUUCGUAAGCUAUGUAUCGCUUGGAAAAAUAUUUUAUUAUUCAGAUCACCUGCAAUGUAUGUUUAUUCCUAUUAAUAGUCAAAAUGCUGAUAUUAAACUGAAUUAUG